AUGACACCUACAAUGAUUGCUUUGUAUUUGUCGUGCCUGCUUUUGGGGGGAAUGGCUGACAUGACAGCUCUAAAACCAUCCUCAUCUUUACGUUUCAUAUCACUUAGUGUAGGUGACAACGUGACUUUGGAAUGUAUUUAUGACGACAAAAUAGCAGUGAUGUUAUACUGGUAUAAACAGACUCCGGGACAGAAACCACAGCUGCUGUCUCAAUUCUACAAGCAUGACAAAAAUGCCACGUUACAUGGCGAAUUUGAGAACAAUCCACGCUUUGAAGUGGAAACUUCAAUUUGUAAAAAUCACUUGAAAAUCUCCAACGUGCAAAUUUUAGACUCAGGUACUUACUACUGCAUCAGUGGCUUUUCAUACAAGUACACAUUCAUGGAGGGCACUAUAAUCUACGUAAAGGGUUCAGGUUUGAACGUCCCAGCUUUGGUCCAUCAGUCGGCAUCUGAGACCGUCCAGCCAGGAGGCUCUGUGACUCUGAACUGUACAGUCCACACUGGGACCUGUGACGGAGAACACAGUGUUUACUGGUUCAAGAACUCAAAAGACUCUCAUCCAGGACUCAUUUACACCCAUGGAGGCAGGAAUGAUCAAUGUGAGAGGAAAUCCAACACACAGACAAAAACCUGUGUCUACAACCUGCCAAUGGAGAGUCUGAAUCUUUCUAAUAAGGGGACCUACUACUGUGCUGUUGUCUCAUGUGGACACAUACUGUUUGGAAACGGAACCAAACUGGACUUUAAAGAUGAAGAAGAAUAUCUUGUUUUGGUGAAUUUCCUGAGUGGAGCUUUGGCAUUCACCACCGUUCUGGUUGUUUUCCUGGCUUGCGCAACAUUUGCAAUGUACAAGACAAACAUCUGCCAAUGUACAGGCUCUGAAACACGAUCGCCAGCUGCCUCAGAUCCCAAUGGAGAGGGUUACCAAGAUGCAGACAACCUCCAUUAUGCCGCAUUAAGAGAGCACAGGGCCAUCAGAUCAACAAGACAGAGAGAUGACACUUGGAGUGAAUGUGUUUACUCCGGUGUGAGACAGUAGAACUGGACAUGUUUCAUUUGCAUGUUGUGUGAGAUUUCACCUCCAUACACUGAAUGUAAAGAUUCAUUUUGCAAAGCACCAAUUAAAUGUGUUUUUCAGUUGCA